AUGAUUUCUUGGACGAGGCGCAACCACGAGCGUUGUGCGAGCCUUCUUCGGUACAGAGGGGAGGUGGCGCACUUUUCCUCGGAUACCCAGACUGGGCUGGUUCGCCUCGUCACACGACUCUGCGCUAACACUGCAGCUACCUUGAGUGGCGUCAGCGUUGCCGCGAUGAGGGACGAAGAGGUCAAGCUGCAGAGACAAGCAGCGUGCGGCGCGCAAUGCGUGGCCUUCUCCUCCAAGCAGGUUUUUGUUCCUGCAACGCCUCUGAAUGCGGAUACGGUGCAGGACGAGGACGCCCUGGAAGCGACGGCGGGGUGCAUUUUUCCCUGCUACAUCUCAUGCGGCUGCCCAGUACUUGUGCAAAUAUUGCCUGGACACCAAUACUCAAAUCUCUCUGAGGCCGAGGAGAAGUCGGUGAGUUGCGCGCCAUCUUCGAUGCAGGUGAGGCGCCUCUACAUGCUCACUCCUGCUGGCAGCAAACACGGUAUCCACGAUCCCCAGCGGACUUCCUACUACACGCGCCUACCCGAUGCCACUUUUCAGUGUUGGCAGAAGCAUAGCAAAGUCAUUGACAGUGUUUUGGAUGCAGGCAAGGAGCGCCUUACCUCACCCCUUCACAAGCGCUUUAUGGGACUCUCCAGCCUUGACGUCGAGGUUCUGGAGCUGCUGAACCUGACCAAGACUCUUGGGUGUGUCACCGACGGCAGCGGCGCCGCUUCUGUGAACUCUACUCGCAACACGUCUAGUUAA